AUGUCUGGAAAAGAUAGCAUAGGGGUCUUUGGUGACCCCUUCGCUGAGCAUCAGAAUACUGAGUACGCGACGGAUAAGGAGCAUAUUUUGCCACGGCGCACUUUCAGAACAGCUGCAGAGCGUGCUCGACGCAAUCUGAAUGCUAAACUAGCUAACCCACUCGCGGGAUAUAGUCAUGAGGAAUUGCGCAAGCGAGGUAUCAGCUUUGCGAUUACGCACCAAAUUGGAGAUGAGGAGGACAUCCGUGCCUUUUCCAUAGGUGCUGUCUUGGCCCAAACACCGGAGAAGUUCACAAGUCUUCCUCAUAUGACGGCGGACGAGGUAGACACUCUGCAGAAGGAAUUCAACAAUCGUUGGUCUCAGCCAUGGACGAUGUACUUGGUCAUUAUUCUCUGCUCGCUCUCCGCUGCUGUGCAGGGAAUGGACGAAACCGUCGUCAAUGGCGCGCAGAUAUUCUACAAGCAUCAGUUUGGUAUCGGCGGAAAUGAUUCUAGGUCGAACUGGCUUGUCGGGCUCGUGAAUUCCGCUCCAUACCUAUGCUGCGCCGUGGUAGGGUGCUGGCUGACGGUCCCAUUCAACGCCUGGUUUGGCCGACGAGGAACCAUUUUCAUCACCUGUUGCUUCUCCGCCAUUGCUUGUCUUUGGCAAGGGUUUGUCAGUACCUGGUGGCACAUGUUCAUUGCGCGAUUCGUUUUGGGCUUCGGCAUCGGGCCCAAGUCUGCUACUGUUCCCGUCUACGCAGCCGAGACAGCGCCGCCAGCAAUUCGUGGUGCACUUGUGAUGCAAUGGCAAAUGUGGACUGCAUUUGGGAUCAUGUUUGGCUACGCGGCUGACCUUGCCUUCUUUGAGGUACGGGAUCAAUCGGGGAUCGUUGGUCUUAACUGGCGCAUUAUGAUGGCAUCCGCUAUGUUCCCGGCUAUCCUGGUUUGCUGCUUUGUUUUUACCUGUCCUGAGUCUCCUCGAUGGUAUAUGUCGCGGAAUCUCUACGCCAAGGCAUAUCAGUCAAUGUGCAGUUUGCGGCCCACCAAGAUCCAAGCAGCUCGUGAUAUGUACUACAUGCAUACCUUGCUAGAGGCAGAGAACUCCAUGAAACUCGGGCAGAAUAAACUACUGGAACUGAUUGUUGUCCCUCGUAAUCGACGUGCUUUAAUCGCUUCCGAAAUUGUUAUGUUCUUGCAGCAGUUUUGUGGCGUGAACGUGAUAGCCUACUAUUCGUCUGAAAUCUUCCUGGAAACAACAAACCAACGAAAUGCACUGACGGCGUCCCUCGGCUGGGGCCUGAUAAAUUGGCUCUUUUCCAUUCCUGCUGUGUACACAAUUGAUACAUUCGGGCGGCGCAAUCUUCUUCUCACUACCUUCCCAUUGAUGGCCGUUGCCAUGUUUUUUACCGGCUUCAGCUUCUGGAUUCCUCAAGGAACACACAACUCUGCUCGUCUAGGAUGCAUUGCACUAGGCACAUACCUCUUCGGCGUAGUGUAUUCUACUGGCGAAGGUCCCGUACCAUUCACCUAUUCUGCCGAGGCAUAUCCGCUCUAUGUUCGAUCAUACGGCAUGGCGCUUGCCACCGCUACAACUUGGUUAUUCAACUUUCUACUUGCCAUCACUUGGCCAUCCCUCCGCAACGCUUUCACCCCACAAGGUGCUUUCAGCUGGUACGCAGGCUGGAAUAUAUUAGGCUGGUGGUUAAUUCUUAUGUUUCUUCCCGAAACCAAGGGAAAAACACUAGAAGAGCUAGAUCAGGUGUUUUCCGUCUCUACACACUUUCAUGCCGCAUACGGACUUCGUCAGAUCCCAUACUUCAUCAAGAGAUAUAUUCUACGUCAACCUGUGCGUCCUGAAGUCUUGUAUGAGCGGGAGGACUCGUCUUUUCUGCCACCAGAGGCUGGGUUUAAUACUUUAUGA